GGAAGGGAUCGCGGUUGACAUGGCGGAGAACCCGCAGGGCGGCGGUGCGGGUUGUUCGCAGCACCCAGUCCCUAGUGCGAGCCACGGCAGCUUCCCAGAGUACGAGCUUCCGGAGCUGCACACUCGGGCGUUCCACGUGGGCGCUUUUGGGGAGCUGUGGCGCGGCCGGCUCGGGGCCCGGGAUUUGUCGCUGAGCGAGCCGGAGGCAGCCGGGCAGCCUGAGGACCGAGGGGCGUCGGACAACAGCUUGGAGGAUACUGCGGUAGCCCGGGAUCUGGGCUGCAGUCUGGAGGCGGCGGCAGAGCUAAGGGUCGUGUGCGGCCUUGAUAAACUGAGAUGCCUCAAAGAAGAUGAAGACCCGGAAGUCAUCCCCGAGAACACUGAUCUGGUGACUUUAUGUGUUAGGAAGGGGCUCUUGGACUAUCGAGAAGAGAACAUCACAAUAGAUCGCGCCUGUAGACAAGAAACAUUUGCUUAUGAAAUGGAAUCUCAUGCACUUGGGAAAAAACCUAAAAAUCCAGAAGACAUGAUCGAAGAAGGGGAGCUCAUCUUAUCUGUGAACAUCUUAUACCCUGUUAUAUUUAAUAAGCACAAAGAACACAAGCCAUACCAGACAGUGUUGGUACUGGGCAGUCAGAAGCUAACUGAACUGCGGGAUUCAAUUUGCUGUGUCAGUGACCUCCAGAUUGGUGGAGAAUUCAGUAGCACUCCAGACCAAGCCCCGGAGCACAUCAGCAAAGACCUAUACAAAUCAGCCUUUUUUUAUUUUGAAGGAACCUUUUACAAUGACAAAAGGUACCCAGAAUGUAGAGACUUAAGCAGAACUAUUAUAGAAUGGUCAGAAUCCCAUGAUCGAGGAUAUGGAAAAUUUCAAACCGCUAGAAUGGAAGACUUCACAUUUAAUGACUUGAAUAUUAAACUUGGCUUUCCUUACUUAUACUGUCACCAGGGAGACUGCGAACAUGUUGUUGUUAUUACAGACAUAAGGCUUGCGCAUCACGAUGACUGCUUGGAUAGAACACUUUAUCCCCUUCUUACCAAGAAGCAUUGGCUGUGGACCAGAAAAUGUUUUGUUUGCAAGAUGUAUACAGCUAGAUGGGUGACAAACAACGACACCUUUGCACCAGAGGAUCCAUGUUUCUUUUGUGAUGUCUGUUUCAGAAUGCUCCAUUAUGAUUCUGAAGGCAACAAACUAGGGGAAUUCCUUGCUUAUCCUUAUGUUGACCCAGGAACCUUUAAUUAGUACCACAUAUAUAUAUUUUAUAUACUAAAGUUUAGUUAAUAUAUUUCAUACUUAUUAUACAGUGGUUUUUUUUCUUGUGGCUUUUUACUUAUGUUGUUUAUGUUACUGAGAUGUAGAAAUACUUUUUUUGUAUUCUGAAUAUAUAAACAUUGUUGGAAACCAGCUUUUGAUUCUUGUCUGACUCCUAUGCAUUCUGUACCCGAAUGGGUUUGCUAAUGGUAGAAUGCAGCUGACAAUACAUCAAGUCUAGUAGUCCUUUAAAGAAAUCUGUGAAGGACAUGAGAGCUACACCUCCUACUAUGAAGCUUCCAAGGUUUAACUUAAAUUCACUGAAUCUUCUCCAGAUGGCUAAGAACAGAUCAGUAAACCAGAGACCUACACAUCUGUUUAAAGAUUGUGAAGCAUGUUUCAUGGACUUAAAUGCACAAAUACAAUUAUGGCAACUGACACG